AAUAUCAAUUAAUCUAUCAUUUCAAGUUUUCAGUUUUAUUCCAGGACACCGAUUUGUAAAGCCAAAAAUGAAUUUUUACUUUUUCAUUGUUAUGUAUCUAGCAAUUAGCUUUACAAAUGGAUUUAUUUACAAUGUCCCACUUACGGAACCGAAUGGAAAAUUGACUGAAAAUGGCCGUUUGCGUAUGUCUGCACUAUAUGACAAUGUCAAGCAGGAUGAAGAAGGAUUGAGUUUACCAAAAUUUUAUUGGGUUUUGAAAUCAUUUCAACACAUACACUGUCUAAAUGAUAAACAAAUUAAAGCAUAUUUCAAUGAUGUUGUUUAUAUGAAACAUCUUGGAUAUAUGACGAAAGAGCAAUUUUUAGAUCAAAUUGCAAAGGUUUUUGUUAUAGUUGAGAAAAUCUUUAAUAAUGUUUAUAAAAGUUGCCUCAAAGAUAAUGUGAUGACUAAAACAGAAUUAAUCAAAGCUCUUAAAGAAUGCAAAAUCGAACUUAAAGAUUCUAAAGUUACUGAAGUAAUGACUGAUUUUGCAGGUCAAAAUGAAAAUAUCACUUUCAAUGUAUUCAGAGAAAUAUUGGGGCAAAUAAUACACGAAAAGUACUCUACAUGAGUGUCAUAAUAUACUUCGUCAUCAUAAUAUGAAAUAACAGUGGGCUACUCUGUUCAUGUCCACAAUAAUGGUCGUUCAUUUAAUCUUUUCAUUUAAAAUUAUUAACAUUUUUAUUUAUAAAUUUUAUUCAUAUGCUUAAAAUAACAUGAUUUUUUUAAAACAAAUAAUUUAAAUAAAUAGCUUAAUAUGCUAUAUUACACACGAUUCAACUUAUAAAUAAUACUUGUCAGCUCUUUUUUACUUUUAUCUUAAUAAAAAAAUAAUAUGUCAACCCAAAUCUUAAAUUUAAAAACAAAAUAUAAUGAAGUUAUAUAAAAUAUCAAAA